CAUAGAAUAAUUUACCUCCUUACCCCUAGCGCUUUCACAGACUAAAAGGGGUAUGAUGGUAAAAGCCGUGCCUUGUUGUCAGGCGUGGGCUACAAACUCGGGGGAGGGAGAGAAAGGCGACAGAUCCGCGCUCUGCUGCUCUCUGCUCCCUGCUCCGCUGUGCUCUUCCAGUCUUCCUUGCUUUUUGCUCCUCAUUGCGGCCGACCUCUGGUAGGCUCGCCGAGUCCUUUCUUCUUUGAUACCGUUUUCGCGUUCAUUGUGUGCUUGCUGUUCUGCGUUUCUUUACGUUGUUUUCUUGUUUGGAAAAUGGAAACACGGCGCUAUUUCCUCAACCUGUUAUGCUCGCCGUCUCCUGUCUGACUUCUUUGAUGUCGUCGGUUGCGUCCCUUCUGUGCUUGCUGCUGUGCUAUUCUGCGUUUCAUUAUGUUUGUUUUCUUGUUGGAAAAUCGGGAUACUCUUUCUUCGUUUUUCUUUGAUUUUCUUCCGGAUUAUGGGUUUGCCAAUUAGUAUGCGAAUUUUGACGUUUGUUUUGAUACUUGGCAGUGAUAAUGCCUGGGAUUUCGAUCACUUCACUUGUGGAGGAGACCGCCACUCUGGUCUACCAUCCGGACCUCGAGCCGGCCUUCCCCGUGGUGGACAUUCUGUUCGUCAGCUGGGAUAUGGACUUCGCGGUGCUGUACCCCCUGUACUAUGGCCGCUCUUUGGAGGCGACGGUGCUCGGACGCUAUCUGGAGCGCGCCAUCCAUGCCGGCGAAGGAGUGGUCGCCGAUCUGGAGUGAUCGGUCGGUGGUGAGGUCACUUUUUGUCUGUUUCGUUUUUCUUUUGGGCUUUUAGAGAAAUCCACUUCUUGGGUUGGGUUAUGUUUUGUCUAUUCGGGUCAGAUAUUUGGGCCUUGUUAUGGAUUCUCUUUGGGCCUAUUAUGGAUGAUGAGUUUUGAUAUGUGAUCUUUUGCUGAGCUUGCUAUGGAUGUUAAAUUCUAUCUUUGACGUUUUCUACUGCUCAGUUAUCUUCUUGACUUGGUUAAAACAAAUUUUAACAAGCUUUCAAGAUGCAUUUUAGAAUGAAACUGAAGAUUGUCAUUCCAUCAAUCCAACUAUCACAGUGUCUAAUUCAUAUAAAGAAUUGGAUUUGGUAAAAGAAGAUUUUGCGGGUCAAUACCAUAUUUGCGUUUGUGUGAUUAAGACCUUUUCACUCUAUAUACUGUUGGUCGUUCAUAUUGGGCGUUUUGUUUCCGGUUGUUUGGUUGAAUGUGAACUCUUCCAUUCUCAGUUUGUACUGCUACAUUUGUGUGAUUAAGGCCUUAAAAGUAUAACUUCAUUUAUUAUUUUUUAUAAUUUAAAAGAAAAUUUUAAAUAGAAGAUAAUCUCUUUUUGUUUAAUGUUUUGAUCGAAUUUCAAUCAAUAGUAAACUUAACUUCUUUAUGUUUUUUAUUAUUGUUUUGAUCUCAUGCAGAAUAAGAAUUGUUUUAUCUACUACAUCCUAAUCCUACAAGAAUUUUUUUUAUUUGUCUGCGAAAACAAAACAUUUUUUCAAACAAUAUAUGUCUUCACAUCCAACGAGUACAAUAAGAAAACGUAUUUCUCUUACCUUAUCUACUAUUAACCAGAUUCUGCAAAUAGCCAAAUACUGAGUAGCAGAGUUGGAUUUAAAGAGAAUAAGGGUAGGAUUUGAGAACAUAGGGGAAGAAGAAGGAGAAGAAGAAAAAAAGAGCCAAUAAAGGAAAUGUCUAUUUAGUUAUUCGAUAUUUUCUCAUUACAUGACAAGUCCUUUUAUAGGAACACAAUUACAAAAGACAUCACAAACUAAUCCAUUACUACAGUAAGGUCUUAGUCGUUACAGAUAUCUAAUUUAUCAAAAAGAUUCUAUAUGUUGAUUUGUGAGACUUUGUUCUUUAUCAUUUAUCUCUUUCUUUUUUUUAUAUAUCCUACUAAAUACCAUUAUAAAUAGAUUCUCAUUAAUUCUCGAGUCACUUUGAUUCUUUUGAUUAAGGGUAAAUAUGUCAUUCAACAAAAAGUAGAAUUUAUAUUUUUUCUUGAAUGUUGACAGUCGUUGUUCCCCAAUAAUGAGCAUCUAAAAAUCUUUUUUUGACAAUCGAGAAAACUAAAAUCUUUUGAUUGGCUUGAAUAUAAAAUUUAGACUCUGAUUCUCUAAAUGACAUCUAAGUGUUUUCCUAGUUAUCAUUUAAGAAGCCCAAUAGCACAAAUUUGCAGUUAAAUUUUAAUCAAUUAAAUAUACUCAACAUAACUUUUUUUCCAUAGAUAAUAAACAUAACUUAUAGCUAUCUUAUACAACAAAAUCAUUAAUAUGUUAUCACCUAUACCUUGAAAUCUACAUCCUGCCACUAUUAUAUGGAGGUUCUUCGUCACAAUACUUCUCAUUUAGUACUUCUAGCUUUCUGAGUGAUUGCAGGAAAGUUAGUUUUGUCAUCUUAAUGAUUAGAAAUAAAAAAUAAUAUUGAUACGCAAAAAAUAUAUAAAAAAGAAUUUGCCGUCAUCUCCCCUAAUAUUGUUAAUCAACUAACAAAACAUAACUGAAAACUAUAAUAAAAAAUAAGAAAAGAAGUUAGGUUUAUGUUUAUUUAUGGAAGGACUCUUCUUUCAUUUUUAUUAUUAACGGAAUAUGUUCCUUCUGUGGUCGUUGUGUUGUUCUGUGUUUCUUUACGUUUGUUAUCUUGUUGGAAACACGAUGCUCUUUCUUCAUUUUUUCUUUGCAUUUCUUCCCGAUUAAGAGUUUGCGAAUUAGGAUGACAAUUUCGAAUAGAGAUGUUUGUCUUGUUCUUUGGCAGUGCAAAUGUCUGAUAUCUAGAUUACUUUUCUUGACGAGUACACCGCCACUCUAGUCUACAAUCCGUAGUUUGGGUCAACCUUCCCUGUGGCGGACGUUAUGUUCGUGAGCUGGGAUGGGGAUUUCGCCGUGCUCUACCCGCUGCACUACAGCCGCUUCAUGACGGCGAUCUUGCUCCACUUCUACCUUGAGAUUGCCAUGGAUGUGAUAUCGGUGGUGAAACUUAUUAUGUUUGUUCUUAUUUGGCUAUUAGUGAAAUAGAUUUUUUGGUUUGAUUAUGAUUGUCUAUUCGGGUCAGGUAUUUGGGCUUUGUUUUGGAUUCUCUUUGGGCCUUUUAUGGAUGAUAAGUUUUUAUCUGUGAUAUUUUGUUGGGCCUUUUAUGGAUGAUUAACAUACUCUAACUACUGAGACCUGUUGGUUUAUUGCACGUUGCAAUUGUUUGAACUUUGAACACAUGAUAUGAUAAAAUGGUGUUAGCUAGAGUGAAAUAAGGUUGGACAACAUUAUUUACGGUUGCACUAAUAGAAGAUUGUCAUCGCGUCAAUCCAACAAUUAAAAUCAUUAAUUUAUCUAGUUGUGUCAGCUCUUACUUGCAUUGGGGAGUAAGUUGUCAUAGUUUAAUUCAUAUCAAGAAUUGGGUUUGACAAAAUAAGAUUUUGCAUCCUAAGUCAAACCUCAUCUACAAAUAUAUUAUAGCAGAGUUGGAUGCAGUUUUUCAGCAUUUCAAAUUUCUUGCAACGAGAGCGAAAGUAAGAAAGGUAACAUCGGUGGUGAAACUUGUUAUGUCUGUUCUUGUUUGGCUAUUAGCGAAAUAGAUUUCUUGGUUAGAUUAUGAUUGUUUAUUCGGGUCAAGUAUUUGGGCCUUGUUUUGGAUUCUCUUUGGGCCUGUUAUGGAUGAUGAGUUUUUAUCUGUGAUAUUUUGUUGAGCCUUUUAUGGAUGAUGAAUAUACUCGAGCUACUGAGACCUGUUGGUUUAUUGCACGUUGCAAUUGUUUGAACUUUGAACACAUGAUAUGAUAAGAUGGUGUUAGCUAGAGUGGAAUAAGGUUGAACAACAUUAUUUACGGUUGCACUAAUAGAAGAUUAUCAUCGCAUCAAUCCAACAAUUAAGAUUAUUUGAACAACUGAUUUAGUUGUGUCAGCUCUUACAUGCAUUGGGGAGUGAGUUGUCAUAGUUUAAUUCAUAUCAAGAAUUGGGUUUGACAAAAGAAGAUUUUGCAUCUUAAGUCAAACCUCAUCUACAAAUAUAUUAUAGCAACAAUGUAGUAAUUUUCAUGCAACAAAUAUUUUUUUUAUGAAACAAUUCAAUUAAUAAAAACAUAUGAAAAUCAUAUUACAUGAAAUAUAUGUUACUCAUUUGGUUGAUGAAUGAGCGAGGGUAUAAGUAACAUACAUUUAUUUUAAAAAUCUAGAAGUUGCAAAGUGUCUUUUGGGUUGAAUGAGAUCGCAUAUUCUCAUUAUCGCUAACUGACUUAUGCUUUUUUGCAAUAGAUAAUUCAAAAUGUGCCUUAAAACUUUUGUUAUUGCGUAAAAGAAUUGUUUGAACCAAAUGAUUGUAAUAGUAUCAAAAAAUUUGGUAGUAUAGUAUUUUAUACUGAAAUCAUAAUUUAACUGUGGUUCAACUGUUUCAUAUUACUAAAUAUCACGUAUCGAUUUAGCCUAUGGUGUGAAGUUUUAUGGUCGAACCGCUAGUACGUACAAUCUUUCAAUUCAAACUUUAAAUAAAAAACCACUAAAAUAUUGACAUUAUCAAAUACCAUUAAAUCUCAGAAAUUACUAUAAUCUUAUUAAGAUAAAAAAUCAUCCAAAUGAUAAUAUUGAUUUAGGAUUUUAAGGGGUCGUUUGGAAGCUGCGAUUGUUAAAUAGAUGUUUUGUUGUGAAUGCAUGUAUAUUAUAUAUAUAUAUAUAUAUAUAUAUGUAUUGUCGGAUUGGAUGCAUUGUGUAUAUCACAUAAGCUAAAAGCUGAGGAAAAAACAAUCCCAACUCAACAAUCUCAACUAAAAGUUGAGAUAUAACAAUCACUCAUUUUGAGUGAUAGUUUAUGUCACAUCAAAGAUGUAAUCCAUGCAUUGUUUCUACUAAAAAAUAAAAAAUGAUGCAUUCUAAACAAUACGUUAUAGUAACAAUCUCAACAAAACAAUCGCAACUUUCAAACGACCCCUUAAUUGAAAUGGAAAAAAUUUAUCAAAUAUAAUGUUACUUCUAAAAUAAAUCAAAACUCAACAGGACCAAGAAUACCCACUAAGCAAAGCAGAUGGACAAUUAUUUCACACUACCUCAUUUUCACCUUCUUUUAAAUGUGUCCUCUCACUUUCUCUUAUGUCCCAUUGACUUGUCAUUUUGUUUCAUGUUUUCUGGUGUGACAAAAAAAAAAAACAAAUGGUAAGAAACGUGUUUACUUGCAAUUUCAUUAUCGUUAGAAAAAACCAUGGGGAAUAAAAGAGGCAGCUGGCGAAAACAAUAAAAGAUCGUUUGCUGGAAAAUGAUGGACGGAUUUUCCCCGUUGCCCAACGGGUUACGCCCCCAUUCCUUUUAAUGAGCCCAGCGUUGGAAUCCCUCGGCCACUUUUUUUUUUUUUUUUUCCUUUUGUUCACUUAGACCAACAGUGUCGUUUUGCUAACCCCAGCUCACAUCGUUCUUCACCCAGCCUCCCCCAAACACGACAUCCCCAUCGAACGAAGCUGCGACAAUCCGCCUCUUCUUCCUCUAGCGGAGGGAGAAAAGAUCGAUUCGGUGAGCUCCUCCUCCAGUCGGCGAACGAUGGGUUUGCUUUGAGAUGCCAACAGAUAUUACCCGUCCAUCGCCUAAGUUAAUCAUUCUCAAGGGCUUAGAUCCUCGAGGUCAUAUCAACAGAGGUGUGGAUUAGGUUGGAUGAGACAGUGAUGGCUACACUUUCCCAACAGGUCCUCGAUAUUCCUCUUUCUUUUUUUGUUUGUUCUUUCAUCUCUCUCUCUCUAAGCUUUGUAUUUCACCACUCUCCCCCUUUCCCUUCCUCUUUCUUCCCACAGCCUGAAAUCGAGAGAAACCUAGAAACAUCCCAAUUACUUCUCCUAUUUUGCAUUCGAAAUGCUUCUUCUCCAUUCACAGUCGAUAGUGUGAAUCAAAGGACAUGAAACCUGGCGAACAAAUGACCGCUUAUUCCUCUCAAAUGACGCAUUUCUCCAUAAAACAUGAGUUCACCAAUCUAGACUAUGUGGUGAGCUCUUAAAGUUUAAGUCUGGUACGACCCAUGAAGCAUUCAUGCUUGUAUAGGGUCGAUCCAUAUACAUUGUCUUCAUUGUAUGCUCUAACUAUGUCAUGCUAGCUCGACCAUGUGCCUGAGUAUAGUUAUAUGCAUUAUAAUAAUUAAAUUUUUAUCUAUUCGCAACACUAAGAUAAAAAAAAGUCAUAAAUGCACCUAGUAUUUGAUUUUGACUACCUGAUAAAAUACUACAUUUGAACCAACUAACACUGAUACCACAAAUAAUAAGUAUAUCUCUAAAUCAUAAAUAAAUAUUUCAAACAUCAUAAAUAAUAAGAUUAAAUUAAUUAUUAUAAUGAUUAAAAAUUGUAUACCGAAGUUAACUAUAACUCAUUUAUAUUGGUCAACUCAUCCAAAAAUGGCUAAAUGAACAUCACAUUAAAUCCAAUAUCGUCUCAUUAUUGUCGGGUUUAUUCAUUCCAGAUUAGCAAGAGGUUUAAUGUUUAGCAAUUAACCAGGCUAAAAUUUUAGAGAACCAGUCACCUAUAAUUUGUACAAAAUAUUAUUGUUUCGUAGUAGUUUUGAAAAUUUAUAUUAAUUUAAGGAAUUCUACAUCUCUUUUGCAUAUUCAAUACAACAAUUCGAUAUGCAAUAUUUCAAGCAUUGAAAUUUGUGUUACAAUUUUAAGAUUACCCGUAAUUUUAUAGGUUAUAAAAAAUUAUAAAUCAUGUAUUAAACUUUGCUUUUCUGAAGACUUAAUAGGCUAGCUAACUGUGAUGGAAAAUUCCUCUGCUUUUCAAAUCUUCACUAAGUGUAUGCUUACAAUUCAAGAAGAUAAACCAAAUUAUUAUAUCUUAUAGAAAGUGAUUAAUUGUGAAAUCGAAACUCAAGUAUCAUUUAUUCAAACAUUAAAUAUUAAAUUGUAUGUGUGGUACAGUUUUUAGAUAAAAUACAUGUGUGUAGCCAAAACAUGGGUGUUCGUGACAUAUAUAGUUAAUAAAAAAUUAUAAAUCACGUAUUAAACUUUGCUUUUCAGAAGACUUAAUAGGCUAGCUAACUGUGAUGGAAAAUUCCUCUGCUUUUCAAAUCUUUGCUAAGUGUAUGCUUACAAUUCAAGAAGAUAAACCAAAUUAUUAUAUCUUAUAGAAAAUGAUUAAUUGUGAAAUCAAAACUCAAGUAUCAUUUAUUCAAACAUUAAAUAUUAAAUUGUAUGUGUGGUACAGUUUUUAGAUAAAAUACAUGUGUGUAGCCAAAACAUGGGUGUUCGUGAUAUAUAUAGUAAUUUUUUGUGACAAAUCUACACAUAAUAUAAAAAUAAAUUUGGCGCUAUGACGAAAAAGAGGUUCAUAGAAUCACUCUCAGGCCACCAAAUUUAAAAGGAGACUCUCAUUUUCCAAUUUUAUCAUUAUAUUAUGUGUAGAUUGGUUAAAAAAAUGACUAUACUCGUUACAAAGGUCCAUGUAUUAGUUACACUUCUGUAUUUUGUCUAAACUAAACUACACAUACAAUUUAAUAUUAAUGUUUGAAUCAAUGUUAAUUGAGUUUCGAUUUUAGAACUAAUGUCUUUCUAUAAAAUAUAAAUAACUUAAGAUAAA